AUGGCCCAGAUUACCCCUUGCUGUUUGCCCAAGUUCGGCUCGGCCACUGAAGCGUCGCAGAGCCCAAUGUCUCUCCGCAUCAACCCCAAUGCUGGCGAUGAUGGUCACUUGCUGUCAGCGUGGCAUGAGGACAAGCUGUGUGCAGUCAUCCAAGUUACCUGGGGUCUGAUCCUUAGGUGUUACAUGGGCUCUGACGAUGUUUGUUUUGGCUAUCGACAUGUGGACGCUAAUGAGCAGAUCAACCCCACCGAAGGAUCACCAAACACAAUGCAACCAACCACGGUGCAGUUGGUGAUGAACGAGGGAGAUUCCGUCAAAUCGGUGGUUGCAAGAGCCAAAGCAACUGUUGUUGACGAAGGCCGAAAUGCCAUCGUUGACAGCUACCGGCUCUACAACACCGUCGUCCUGAUUCGCUCGUACAGACCUGAUUCUAAGGGAACUGUCGGGCCGUCGGCCGUUUCUCCCUCCACAUUGACUCUUCCGCAAGAGUGUCUCCUACGGCUUCACGUCAAGGUUAUCCGUGAGAAUGUCCGCAUAUUUCUCGAAUGGCGGAAUGAUGGAAUGUCGAUGGACCACGUCAAAGGUAUCGCUACUCUUUUCCAAACCCUACUAACCAAGGUGCUCUCACCGGAGGAUAUCCCCGUGGGGAACUUGAAUUAUUUUACAGACCCAGACUCGCAGCGCAUCAGCACUUGGAAUGGUCCUUCGCCCCAAGUGCAUGAUCGUUGCAUCCAUGAUAUUAUUAGAGAACAAGUUAUUUCCCGCCCCCAUGAUGAGGCCAUCUGUGCCUGGGAUGGAAGUCUCUCCUAUAGCGAGUUUGACAAACAAGCAACCAAAUUAGCCUAUCACCUGCAAGAGCAAGGGGUUGGGCCCGAAGUGCUUGUUCCCCUCUGCUUCGACAAAUCUAUGUGGUACUUUGUGGCUGUGCUCGCGGUUCUGAAAGCUGGAGGCGCUUUCGUUCCGCUAGACCCCAAGCACCCACCAGCUCGACUCGAGUCCCUCAUCAAAAAGGUGAAUGCGAGGCUUGUGCUCUGCUCCGAGUGGCACGCAGACCGCCUGCUCGGCCUGACUGAAAUUGUCAUUCCGCUGUCGCGGACGACCUUUGAUCGUAUCCCAUCUGCACCAGUUGGCUUCAUUUCUUCGGACGAAGUGAACUGUAGCAAUGCUGCAUAUGUGAUUUUUACUUCUGGAUCGACUGGAGAACCCAAGGGCACACUACUUGAGCAUCGUGCAUAUUGCUCUAGUGCUAUGGUCCACGGCCCUAGGCUUUUAAUCUUCCCAGACUCGAGGGUGCUACAGUUUGCCGCCCACACAUUUGAUGCGAGCCUGGCUGAGUCGAUUUCACCGCUUAUGCAUGGGGCCUGCGUCUGUGUCCCGAACGAAGACGACCGGUUGAAUGACAUAGUUGGCGCCAUAAAGCGGCUACGUGCAAACUACGCCUCACUUACACCCUCGUUCAUUGAAUUUAUUGAGCCCUCAAUGAUACCGGAGGUGCGAACCUUGGUUCUUGCCGGCGAAGCCAUGAGCGAAACCCACCGCGCCAAAUGGUCAACUAUUAACUUGGUCAAUGGAUUUGGGCCGACUGAGGCUUCAGUAACUGCGGCUAUUAAUUCCAAAGUCACCGCCACUACCGACUGCAGAGACAUUGGUCUACCACUGAACACCCGUUGCUGGAUUGUCAAUCCCGAUGAUCAGAAUCAGCUUGCACCUGUUGGUGCUAUUGGCGAGAUGCUGCUUGAAGGACCGACUCUGGCACGAGGAUACAUAAACAACCCAUCGAAGACGGCUGAGGCAUUUAUUUACGACCCAGAGUUUGUGAGGCGCUACCCCACACCCAAUCAAGGUCGCCGUCGGUUUUACAAAACAGGUGACCUUGUGCGGUACAAUAACGAUAUCGGAUCCUUGACAUACAUCGGUCGAAAGGACAACCAGGUUAAGCUCCACGGCCAGCGAGUGGAGCUGGGUGAAGUAGAAGCUUGCCUGAAUGCGGAUGCUCUUGUGAAACACUGCGUUGUGUUCCUACCCAAGGGAGGCUACUCCCAGGGCAAGCUCACGGCUGUCGUGUCUCUCAACAGCGCUGAUGACCGGCAAAGCAAGAUAGGGCCACUGGAACUAAUUCCACGAGAGCUCCACAAGCAAUCAGUUUCAGCCCUUAGGCAGAGACUAUCAGGUCGCCUACCUACAUAUAUGGUACCUGCGAUUUGGAUCUCUGUCGGUGAUAUGCCCUUCCUUCCUUCAAGGAAGCUCGACCGCAAGGGCAUCCUAACCUGGUUAAGCGGCAUGAGCCGGAAUCCAUAUCUGAUUGAGGCGACCACAGCAACAGCUGAAGCUGCUGUGGUACCAGCAGACGAUGUGGAACGGAUCCUCCUUCAGGUCUGGAGCCGUCUUCUCAAUAUUCCUGCUGAGCAAGUCCCGUUGCAUGAGAGUUUCUUGAAGCUUGGCGGCGAUUCUAUUUCCGCGAUGACCUGCAUGAACCUAUGUAAGAAGUAUGGAAUUGCUGUCACCAUGCAGGACGUUCUUCGCAGCUCAUCUAUCCGGGAUUUGGCUUCUCGCGCCCAAGCAACAUCAAGUACCCUUGCUGCCUGUCAGGAGGAGAAAGUCGAGGAGCCAUUCUCUCUGUCCCCAAUUCAAGCCCUUCACUUCAAAGUGCGUCAAGAGGGCCAGGGACACUUUAACCAAAGUAUUCUGACUCGGCUUAACCGACGUAUCGAGGGCGACAGUCUGCGGAAGGCAAUCAAUUCAUUGGUGCGUAAGCACUCGAUGCUUCGAGCUCGUUUCGAGAUUUCGCCGUCCAACAAUGAAAUAAAACAACGCAUUACGAACGACGUCGCCGGCUCGUACCGAUGGACCCAUCAUCACGCCGACUCCGAAAGCGAGAUCGACCUUAUUGUUGCUGCUAGUCAGGGGUCCAUUUCUUGCUUUUCUGGGCCGCUCCUUGCUAUCGACCUGGUCGACGUUAGAGGCAGCAAGCAAGUUCUAUCGAUGGUUGCACAUCAUCUAGUUGUCGAUAUUGUCUCCUGGCGGGUGAUCCUGCAAGAUCUGGAAGACGUUCUCUCCAACCCUUCCCAAGACCUAGCUCCAUACAUGCCAUUCCAGACCUGGCUUGAGUUACAACGGCAGCAUACCAAGCAAAUCGAAGCGCAGGAACCCGAGUUAGACACAUUGCCUACCGCAGACUUCAAUUAUUGGGGCCUCACACCAGCGGAUAUUAUUUACGGUGACGUUAGCUGCGCGUCGUUUUGCCUGGACGAGAACACGACUUCGCGUCUCAUGUCUGACUGCCAUACACCUCUUCGAACCGAGCCCGUCGACCUGCUGCUCGCUGCCAUGUUAUUCAGCUUUGGCCAGACAUUUGCCGAUCGACCCCUGCCUGUUAUUUACAAUGAGGGUCACGGUCGGGAACCAUGGGACACGGCAAUUGACAUUUCACGGACCGUGGGGUGGUUUACUACACUUUACCCCAUUCUGAUCGAGAAUCCAAAGGAUGCAAUUGAUGCUCUCAUCCGGGUGAAGGACCGUCGCAGAAAAGUGUCUGACAACGGUCGUUCGUCCUUUGCGCGUCGAGCUCUCCAACAAUCGUCUAGCCAGCAUGCCCAUGACUGCCCAAUGGAAAUAAACCUUAACUAUCUCGGGCAGCACAGGGACCUCCAGAGGGCUGAUGGUCUGUUUCAGCUUGCAGAGCAGAUGGUUGGCGAGACCCGAGAAGGAGGUGGUUCUGCUGACUUUGGUCGUGAUACUCCUCGCUUUUCCCUCUUUGAGAUUUCCGCAGCCGUGGUUGGUGGUCGAUUGCGAUUUGUGUUCUCCUUCAGCGCCUCCAUGAAGCGCAAAGAUGACGUCCAGCACUGGGUAAGAUCAUGCCAGGAUGUCCUGGAAUCCUUGGCGACACAACUGCCCAGCUUGCCGCUGCAGCGAACCCUAAGUGACUUCCCGCUCAUGACAAUGACCUACCCAGAGCUUUCCCUAUUGCAGACACAGAAGCUACGUCGGCAUGGAAUACACACAAUGGACGAGGUGGAGGAUAUAUACCCUUGCUCCAAAAUGCAACAAGGUGUGCUUCUGAGCCAGGCCCGAGACCCUAUGCUUUACGCUGUUUCCGGUACCUGGGAAAUCCAAGCAGCACCCGGCGCGUCCCAGCCUGAUGUCCAGCGUUUGGUAGACGCAUGGAAUAAAGUGGUUGACCACCAUGCUAUGCUGCGUACGGUAUUCGCUACUGGGCUUAGCCGGCGCCACCCCUUUAGCCACAUUGUGCUGAAAAAAUACACGUCGACUCCAGUGCUUCUUCGGUGCACGAAUGAUGAGGAUAUUAUUUCGGUCCUCAAGGAACAGUCACCAGCAGAUUACCGCUCAGCAAAGCCGGCUCAUCGUCUUACUAUUUGCCAGGGUGCCUCUGGAACCGUCGUCUGUAAACUAGAGCUUAGCCAUGCAGCUAUGGACGGCAACUCUAUCUCGCUGUUGCUACGUGACCUUCGAAGUGCGUAUGGCGGCGGCAUAGAUCAGGGACGGAAGCCCCUGUUCAAAGAUUUCCUCCACUACUUGCAACGUCAGCCAAAUAAGCAAGGGAUCAACCACUGGUGCAACUAUCUAUCUGGAUUGCAGCCCUGCCACCUACCAUCGGACAUGAACAAGACGACCGGGCGCAAGUCUCUCCAGUCCAUCCGCCUUAACUUUACUGGUUUCAAUAAGCUGCAGUCAUUCUGCUCAGGCAACGAUAUUACUGUGGCCAACGCGUUGAAUGCUGCAUGGAGUCUUACUUUGGCUGAGCUCUGUCAGACAAAGGAGGUAUGUUUCAGCUACCUGACCUCACUGAGAGAUGCACCGGUCCCGGAAAUGGAAUCCAUGGUUGGCCCGAUUAUAAACCUCCUACCAUGCCGACUGCGGAUUACUUCAUCGGACGUUGUUGAUAUUGCACGACGUAUCCAGGAGGACUAUAUGGAGAAUUACCCAUACCGCGACGUCUCGCUGAUCGAUAUACAACAUGCCAUGAAGUCAUCCAGAACAUCACUAUUCAACACCGGUGUUUCAUACAGAAAACUCCCGAGUGAAAGCGGAGAAGCGUCAUCGAUGCAAUUCAGACCGGUUGGACGGAUCCACGACCCUGCGGAGGUUGCAGUAUACAUUAACGUUGAAGCCACGGACACCGAUGCGCAACUUGACUUGAACUACUGGAGUCAUUGGUUGUCGGAUUCCAAAGCCGAAACAGUUGCCGAUAUUUUCUUACGAUCAUUGUCAGAGAUGGCCAGCAAGACGACCGUCAAACCCACGGAGCCGCCGGUUUCUCUCUCAGAUGAUAAUGUACAAGUUGGUCGACGGAGCGCACCUGCGGCGCCAGAACCCACCCACUGUGUCCAGGCUUUGAUCGAGUCCCAGGCAUCAGAAAUACCAGACAGCCUUGCUAUCGCGGCUGCAGAACGGGACUUGACAUAUGGACUACUGAAUGAGUUCUCAUCCGCGUUAGCUAACUACCUGAUCAACCUCGGGGUGCUUCCUGGGAUUGAGGUGCCGAUUAGCUUCGACAACACCGACUCUCCGUGGGCUAUAACUGCCAUCCUAGCAAUUUGGAAGGCAGGUGCGAUCUGUGUGCCUCUUGAGAUGGAUUCCUUAACCGAGGAUGCCCACGCUUGGAUGUUAGAAGCAGAUCUCCAGGUUGCCAUGUCCUCUCUGAACAGGGCCGAAUCUCUGGAGGAAAUCACCCCCUAUGUUAUCCCGAUCACAUAUGAAUUUCUGGAGACACUGGAGACAGGAGACUAUGUCUCGCACAAGACAGCGCUAACAGACUCGGCGUACAUCGCGUUCCCACCAGACCUGUCAAAACGAAUUGUGCUCAAUCACCGCGAGGUAGCCGCCAGCUGUUCUUCGGCCGCGGAUGAGUAUGCUCCGAAUCAAAGUCGUGGUAUCUCGGACCUCGAGAGUAUAUCCAGCUAUGAGUUCCUUGUCAAAGCAUUCGGUACCCUCAGUCGCGGCGGUUGUUUCCCUGAGCCAAGGAACACGAGUGACCUGGCUCUCAAAGAGCGACCGCGACCAUCUACACCCCUUGUGUCUAUGACAAUGGAUGUAGAUGAGGGCGUUAGCUCGAGUCCAAACACCAGCAGCAUUGGGACUCCCGCUUUGACCCCACGCUAUUCACAGUCAAGUCUCAGUUCUGUCUCGGAGAUCGAGAAUCGCGAUGGUCACACAAACAAGGGCUCGACGGAAACAAGGCUUCGGCAUAUUUGGGCUGAAGUACUGGAAGUCGAGCCCGAGGAUAUCAAUAGUGACGACAGUUUCUUCGAGCUAGGGGGUGACUCUUUGACGGCUAUGAGCCUAGGAAGCGCCGCUCGCGCAGACGGACUCAAGAUAAGCGUUGCUGAUAUUUUCGCUCAUCCGGAGCUGGAGGAUAUGGUCAAGUGUUGCCAGAGUGUUGAUAGUCCCGUCAAGCCAUCCCAAAUUAUUGAGCCCUUUAGCCUUCUACCGCGUACUGUCAACCGCGAAGAGCUAUUGGCCGAAGUGGCUAGUACUUGCGGCGUUCCGAAGUCCGCAAUUUGUGACGCGUAUCCAUGCAGUGCACUCCAAGAAGGCCUGAUCACUGCAUCAUUUCGACAGCCGGGGGCUUACGUCGCGAAUCCCGUUUUGAAACUUGCACGCAAUGUCGACGUUGAAACGUUCAAGGCAGCCUGGCAGAAGACGGUCGACGAAAUCGAUAUCCUUAGAACGAGAGUCAUCCACACUGCCGCUGCGAACUUCGUUCAGGCCGUCCUGAAGCCUUCGCCAAUUGACUGGGACCGGAGUGCAUCUGACGUUGCUACUCGCCCUGGAGGACACUUGGCUGGAUAUCGCAUCAUGGACACUGGCUACUCAAGGACAUUCACGUGGUCUAUUCACCACUCAAUCUAUGAUGGAUGGAGCUUGCCUCUCGUGUUCGGGAGGGUUGAAGAAAACUAUUCGAUCUGUCAGAAUGCUUCACGGCCAUCAGUUAGCAGGCAGUUGGUUCCUUACAGCGCGUUCAUCGACCACCUUCAAAAGCGUGAUGUUGCAGCUUCUGAAAAUUUCUGGCGGACGUACCUGGGUGAUAUCUCUGCGCCCCAAUUCCCUGACAUGAAGAGUGCCGGAGUGUCGAAAAUCAUCUCCUCAAACCGUCUUGAAAUUAGCACCCGCAUCACGCCCCAGAGGAAGGAUGUCACACUCCCGGCGUUGAUAAGAGCUGCCUGGGCACUAGUCCUUUCUCUACACACUGAAUCCGGAGAUGUGUGCUUUGGGGAAACAAUCAUGGGGCGGAACAUCGAAGUCUCUGGUGCUGCCGAGAUUGCAGGACCGCUGCUUACAACCGUGCCGACCCGAAUUGCUGUUGAUUCCAGUAUGAAGGUCACCGAAUACCUUGAGCGCGUGCAUCAAUCUACAGCUACAAUAAUUCCUCAUCAGCACGUCGGCCUACAGCGCAUCAGGAAGCUGAGCAAAGAUACUCGCAAGGCCAGCGGCUUCCAAAACCUCCUAGUCAUCCAGACUGGCAUGAAGGAGAUGGACUCCGCCAUUUGGUCUAUCGAAAGUACCGAGACAAACCAAGAAUUCUUCACGUACCCACUCACAGUUGAAUGCAAAGUGUCCGAAACGGUGAAUCUUACUGCAUACUUCGAUGAUCGGGUGAUUCCAGCCUGGCGUCUCAAACGAUUCUUGGGACAAUUCAGUGCCGUUCUGAAUCAGCUGGCUGAUACUCCACAGUUUGAUACCAAGCUGCUCUCCGACCUGGAGGUAGUUAGUGAGGAUGACCGUACAGAUAUGGAGAGGUGGAAUCGUGGGAACCCAACGUUCGUUGACCGAACCAUCCACGAAAUUAUUAAUGACCAGCGGUUGAAGUACCCCGACUCGCCAUCUGUAGCAUCAUGGGACGGCAACCUAUCGUACCAAGAACUCCUUGACACGGCCUCCGGAUUCGCAAACCAUCUUUCAGCACUGGGUGUGGGCCCCGAAACACUUGUCCCGAUGUGCAUGGACAAGUCUGUUUGGAUGAUCGUGACGAUAAUGAGCAUCCUUAUCGCAGGUGGUGCAUUUGUGCCCUUGGACCCUGCACACCCUGUGUCCAGACAUGAGGAGAUUUUGGAGGAAACUGGAGCGAAGAUUUUGCUGUGCACACCAAAGUACCAAAGCCGCUACCUUGGUAAGGUAGCAACGGUUCUAGGCGUGGAUCAGACAACAGUGAAAUCAUACCAGGCCGCCCGUGCGAAUGUUUCUACACGUGCUACGAGCUCCAAUAUCGCAUACUCGAUUUUCACCUCCGGCUCAACCGGUAGACCGAAGGGGAUCAUUAUUGAGCACCGGGCGUUCACGAGCAGUACCAUGGCAUAUGGUCCCAUCAUCCACCUGAAGGCCGGCAUUCGCGUCUUCCAAUUCGCGUCCCUGACCUUCGAUGCAGCGGUAAUGGAAAUCUUAGGCACCUUGAUAUUCGGUGGCUGUGUUUGCAUUCCAAGCGACGAGGAACGUUUGAAUGAUAUAUCAGGCGCUAUCAGACGCCUGGAUGCGUCGUGGCUUUUCUGCACCCCAUCGCUGGCCAGCAUUAUGGAGCCAUCCUCUGUCCCCUCACUGAAGGUCAUCGUGUGUGGUGGGGAGAUGAUGUCGCACGAGGCUAUGACCAAAUGGUCAGACAAAGUCCACUUCAUCAAUGCGUACGGCCCAACUGAGACCUCAGUCUAUGCCACGUUCAACCCGAAUAUCGGCAAGGACCGCAACCCGGCCAACAUUGGCAAAACCAUCCCAUCUACUCACGCCUGGAUUGUGGACCCGAACAACCAUGAUCGUUUGUACCCUGUGGGAACGGUUGGUGAGCUUGCAUUAGAGGGGCCAGUGCUUGCGAGGGAAUAUCUUAAGAAUCCUCAAAAGACUGCAAGUGCCUUCAUCACGAACCCGAAGUGGGCACGGGACAAGGCGCACGGCACAUCCAACCGUCGUAUCUACCUCACGGGCGAUCUAGCACGCCUAACCAUCGAUGGGUCACUUGAAUACGUCGGCCGCAAAGACAAUCAAGUGAAGCUCCAUGGGCAACGGAUGGAGCUGGGAGAGAUCGAAUACCGACUUCAUGAACACCCACAUGUACGACACGUUGUCAUUGUUCUCCCCAAAACAGGGCGCCUACAAAAGCGCCUGGUCGCGAUUCUUUCCCUCAACAGCCUGUCGACUGAGACCAGCCUCAUAUCCUCUGCCGGCUGCAGUCUUGUUGAAGAACACCUAAUGGAGCGGCAGGGUAUGGCUGAGCUGAUGGAGGUCCAGGCUAACCUCGCCAGCCAACUUCCACCCUAUAUGGUACCCCAAACGUGGGCUGUCAUCAACACGCUUCCCAUGCUUGUUUCCGGCAAGAUCGAUAGGAAGAAGAUCACUAGUUGGGUUGAGGCCGUGGAUGAUACCACAUAUAACCGAGUGAUGAGAGGUUACGACAAACUCAAGCGCAGCAAGGCCGCUGUUUCGAAGGCACCCGUACCGCGCAAGAAAGAUGACGCACUGUCAGUUUUACACGAAAUACUAGCCCAUGUGCUCAACAUCCCAGCAGACAAGGUCGACCUUGGCAUGUCAUUUACUAGCAUUGGUGGUGACAGUAUCACCGGAAUGGCCCUCGUCUCCCAUGCUCGCAAGCGUGGUAUCGCUCUUUCGCUUCUCGGUAUUCUUCAGGCAACAUCCAUGAAAGAAUUAGCCAAGGCUGCCGAGACAGGUGUCACGAGUCUGAACCAAGCCGAAGACUCUGAUAGUUGGUUUGAUCUUUCGGCCAUUCAAAAAUUUUACUUUGAGUAUGCCGCGGAAUUCAAAGGGUCAGCUCGCUUCAACCAAAGUAUAACUCUACAACUGCCCCGUCGGAUUGAACCCUCAGUUAUCGCCAACGGACUUAAUGCCAUUACAAAACGGCACGCUAUGUUAAGAGCUCGGUUCAGGCAGGUUAAUGGAAAGUGGGAGCAGCGGAUCAUCACACCUGGUGAGGGUUGCUACGAUUUUCAAGUCACUGCCUUGCGAGAGGAGCAUGACCUUCAGCGCAUGAUAGCGAUAACACAAAACGCUAUCGACCUUCAGAACGGUCCUGUUUUCGCCGCCAAUCUAUUCGAGGCUCCUGGCGUUGAUCAGAUCCUUUUCCUUGUUGCCAAUCAUCUAUGUGUUGACAUGGUAUCGUGGCGCCUCAUCCUUCAGGAUCUAGAGGAGUUCGUUCACUCUGGCUCCCUUACACCUGACUGGCCGUUCCCAUUCCAGAACUGGUGCGCGAAGCAGCUUGAACACUCCAAAAAGGGCGACUACCAGAAUCACCUCCCGUUUUCUCCGGCACCAGCCAUGCCGGAAUACUGGGGCAUGAGGAAUUUCCCAAAUUGCUAUGGGGACGUGAAGAUGAAGAAGUUUUCGUUGAGCACCAAGAAAACUGCUCUUGCGCUAGAAAAGUGUCACACACGCCUUCGAACUGAGCCACUUGACUUGCUUUUGGCCGUGCUGAUGCACUCCUUCCGGAGGACAUUCACUGACAGGGAAGUCCCAACGGUUUACAACGAAACCCAUGGUAGACAUCCCUGGGAUAGUGACAUCGAUCUAUCAGGAACUGUGGGUUGGUUCACGUCCAUAUGCCCUCUCCCAUCAAAUUUGUCUUCUGACGACAUUAUUGAUACACUCCGAAUGGUCAAGGAGGCACGACAUAAGACCGUAAAUUUUGGAUCUUCCUUUUUCGCCCAGAACGUCCUUGCACCACAGAACGGCAAUCAGUCUUCACCCAUGACCCUUCCCUUCGAGAUUGUUUUCAAUUACCUGGGCAAGCUCCAGCAGCUAGAGCGAAAUGACUCCCUGUUCCAGCACUAUGGUAGGGCCUAUGACGAGAACGACUUCAUGGUAGCCGGCGACAUGGGUCCGCACACUCCUCGAUUCUCGCUGUUUGAGGUCUCGGCGAUCGUUAUCCGAGACCAGCUCCAGUUCUCCUUUACCUAUAACAAGAAUAUGCAACACCAGGCUCGGAUCAGCAGUUGGAUAUCUGAGUGCGAGGCAACUCUCCAUGAAGCACUCGACGUUCUUCAGCAGGACUCACAGCUUGAAAUCAUGCCUUCAGACUACCCGUUGUUGUCGACCUCGCAGAGAGGUCUGCAGGUUCUCUUUAAAGAAACUCUACCAAAGCUCGGAGUCCACGGCCGCGACCUCGUUGAAGACAUUUAUCCUUGCUCGUCUAUGCAGGAGGGAAUUAUGUUCAGCCAGCUCCGGGACCCUUCCGCCUACAUUCUUCAUACCAUCUUCAAUGUCAGGGACACCCGGAACAACGAACCGAUCAAUAUUCCACGGCUUCGCAAGGCAUGGCAGCAGGUGGUUGACCGCCAUUCCAUUCUGCGAACUAUUUUCGUCGAUAGUAGUUCCAAGGACGGAUCAUUCGACCAAGUUGUUUUGAGGAAUCUCCACGCUGACAUGGUGGAGCUUGAGUGCGACGAUUCUAAUAUAUUAGACCAGCUCAACCAGGUGUCGCUUGAAGACACAAACCGCAAGCACAGUAUGAAGCAGUUACAUCAGAUCACUGUCUGCAAGGGAUCUAACGGUGCGGCGGUCAUGAAGCUCGAAAUGAACCAUGCAAUCAUUGACGGGGCAUCGGUUGGAGUCCUUCUGAGAGACUUUUCAUUGGCAUACGAGCGUCAGCUUCCCUCGCAGCCCGGCCCGUCUUAUCGUGACUAUAUCGCACACAUGCGCAGCGACGCCAAAGAAGAGGGUGUUCAGUUUUGGACGCAGUAUCUUCGUGGCAUUCAACCCUGCCAUCUUCCACCAUCUGGGCAAGGCACAAAGGAACUGAAGUCUGUCAAGAUGGACUUCCACCGCUUUGCGGAAUUAAGGCAGCUUGGUCAAAGGGAGUCAACCACUCUCGCCAACUUGAUACUCGCUGCAUGGGCUAUCGUGCUCCGAGAAUUCACGGGUACCCAGGAUGUGUGCUUCGGUUACUUGUCUGCCGGGCGUGAUGCCCCCGUUGCUGGUAUCCAGGACGCCGUCGGCAUAUUCAUCAACAUGCUCUGCUGCCGUGUUCAAUUCUCACCGGGUCAGUCCCUAGCCGAUACCUUCAAGGGAGUCCAGGAUGACUUCUUCCGCAGCAUUCCGUACCAGUCCUGCUCAUUGGCAACUGUACAGAAUGAGCUUGGUCUGGAUGGUCAAAUGUUAUUCAACUCCGCUCUGUCUAUCCAGAAUAAGAUGCCGUCCGCCAAUUCUGGAGCCGAUGCGUUGUCUUUUGAUAUCCAACAGGCGUAUGACCCUAGCGAGUUCCCCGUCACCGUGAACGCGAUGACCACACCGGGCGGCGAAGGUAUACUUAUGCGGUAUUGGUCUAGCGCUAUAUCGGAUUCCCAGGCAAAUCUCCUAGUGUCAGGCAUCGCACGCGUAUUUGUUGCCUUUAUCGAAAACUCGUCUGGCACGAUUCCAGCCACCGGGAGCCUCGUCGCCCUCGAGCCUCAACAGCUCAAGAAGAUGAGCGCUCCAGGUAGUCUCCGCCGGAGAAGCAGUGUCAGAUCCAGAUCCCCAAGGCUUUCAGUCAGCGAUCCCCUUAUCCAACAGCAGAUCGAUCAGCGGGUCAAUGAGAUCCUCAGCCGAGUUCUGAACAAAGAGGACCUAGCCAGACUCCAGGAGCCUAGCCGUGAUACAGUGCCCCAGAAUCCAGCCAACCCAGUUACCAAUCCUGAUUACCCAAGCGAAGUUCCAAUCUCUCCGGUAUCUCGUAUGUCGUCAAUUCGCCGUCGUUUCUCGGUUAUUUCCCGGACAAGCCGCCGCCGAAUGUCCAUGGACCUCGAAAAGAAGCUUUUGGUGCUUUGGUCUUCCGCAUUAAAUCUACCCAUCGACAGCAUCGACCGACAGGACAGCUUCUUUAGUGUUGGCGGCGAUAGCAUCAAAGCAAUGAAGAUGGCCAGCGCAGCUCGCGAUGAAGGACUCGUGAUGACUGUGGCAGAUGUCUUUCGAAACCCAGUCUUUGAAGAUAUGCUAGCCGUCAUAUAUUCAACGGCUAUUUUCCAUACCGCUCCCAUGGGCCCCGGUGAGGCCAUCCAAGAGGAAUAUCACCCAGGCUCCAAGAAAGUCGGCGAAAUCGUCGACGAUAGCUUCCCUUCGGGCACGGUCUCCCACCAGUCUCUUCAUAUUACGAAUGUUCCGGACAUGCUGAUCGACUCUCUACCUGAAGACAUCUGCCCUAAGGUCGGACUUUUCAAGGGAGGUAUCGCUGACGUCCUUCCUGUCACUGAUUUCCAAGCCUUGUCUCUGACAGCCCAACUAUUCGAAUCUCGGUGGAUGUUAAACUACUUCUACCUUGACGGUGAAGGGCAGCUUGACCUGAAACGACUCCGCGAGAGCUGCGCCCGUAUUGUUGAUGCAUUCGAUAUCCUGCGAACUGUGUUUGUGUGCUCUGGAGCCAAUUUCUACCAGGUAAUCCUCAAAAAGGUCCGGCCAUCUAUUGCGAUUUACGAGACCCAAACGGACCUGGACAGUUUCACGGCCAGCUUGCAGCAGCGAGACCGGGACCAAGUUCUGCCUCAAGGCGAACAGUUUGUUCAAUUUGUGGUAGCCAAACGCCAGGGCACCAACCAACACCGUCUUCUCAUUAGAAUGUCCCACGCUCAAUACGAUGGCAUGUGCGUUUCCAAAAUCUUUGAAGCUCUCAAGCAAGGGUAUGAGGGAGGUACUUUAGCCCCGGCUAUGCCUUAUUCCAGUUACAUGCGCCUGCUGCCAAGUGCCAUUUCCGCCGACCAUUAUGAAUAUUGGACCAACCUCCUGAAAGGAUCACGGAUGACUGAAGUUGUUUCGCGAGAUUAUCCUAACAGAUACCAGACUAUGGGUGCCUCCACUGAUGUCAGCACAACAAUCAAUAUCGGUCAAAACUCAACAAUCGGAAAUAUUACGGUUGGCACAAUUGUUCAAGCGGCUUGGGCUCUUGCUCUUGCGCGGCUAUCCGGGGAUGCCGAUGUUGUAUUCGGAUUGACGACCAACGGGCGCAACGCAUCCAUUCCUGGAGUUCAAGAUGUUGUUGGCCCUUGUCUAAACAUUGUCCCCGUGCGAGUGACAUUUGGCAAUAGAUGGACGGGACUCGAUCUGAUCCGAUACCUCCAAGAUCAGCUGGUUGCUACGAUGCCUUACGAAUCCCUUGGGUUCCGCGAAAUCAUCCAGCGUUGCACUGAUUGGCAUUGCAGCACAUUCUUUUCGACUGCAGUUCUUCACCAGAACGUCGAUUUCGAGGGCCAAAUCGGCCUCGAUAACAACCAGUAUCGUGUCGGUGCGGCAGGGGCUGUCGAUAACUUGGCUGAUCUCACUCUGGUCUCCAAAUCUCUCAAUGCGAACCAAAUCAGCCUCACACUAGGGUACCCUUCCAAGGGUCCCAUCACAGAGAUCUUCGCAUCUCGAGUGCUUCAUCUGGUGGCCGAUACCGUCGUCACCCUCACCUCCAACCCCACUGCGCCGCUUCCAUCGCCGACUACCCUCCGGUCCCUUCCCCCACAGACCGUCCCAGACCUCCCUAGGAUCCCCGACCACGAGAUUCUAACUUCCCAACUGAAGAGCCAAAACAUCUCCGACAUCCUGCUGCAUUCUGCCAUCCUCAGCAGAACCUGGCAGCAGGUCCUGCCUGCCAUGCAAUCCAACCAGAAGACAUUCCAACUCGACACCUCAUUCUAUGAUUUGGGUGGCGACGUUUUUGCCCUCGGUCAAGCAACAUGGCUCCUCCAACAAGAAGGAUAUCAAAUCCGGAUCGAGGAUCUACUUGAUCGCCCCACGUUUCUAGGGCAUAUGGCAGUGCUUGCACAGGAUACUAUGGGUCAAAGCCUCCAAGAGGACAUGAUAAAUGCGCAGCGAGAAGAGGCCCCCACUCCGGCUGAGAAGGCCGAGAAGAAGGUUCGGUGGAAAAAGGCAUUUGGUAUCAUGGGCAAAUUCUCCAAGAGGGAGAGCAUUUCGUCAUAA